GAAUAUAAAUCUAAGCGCCGGCGCUAAAUAUUGGCUAUCUUCUGGCGCCAGUCUAACUCAAACCAUAUACAAGAAUGAGGAUUUUAAUCUUGGCUUCGUGCGUAUCAUUGGCAAUCUGCAACCCACAGCAGGGGGGAUUCUUCUCCGGAAUCCAGGGAGCAUUUGGCAACCUCUUCGGUGCAAGCAACAGCAACAGCAGGCCUCCACCUCAACCUCAACCUGCUAGAAGACCUCCACCUCAGUUCCAACAACAGUUCCAGCCUCAACAGCAGGAGUUCCAACCUCAACCGCAACAACAAUUCCAACAGCAGCAAUUCCAACCCCAGGCACAGCAGUUCCAGCCACAACAGCAGUUUCAAGCACAACCUCAACCCCAGGCUCCAGCUUUCAGACCCCAGACCGCAUCUGUGAGUCAAAGCUCCCAACCUCAGCAGCAACGAGUUACAGGUGGAACUAGCUUGUGUGCAGCCCAGGCUCCUAAUCAUUUCUGGAGGGAUCCUAGGGAUGGAGUUCAGAGAGGAUAUGUUGUAACCUGGAAGUUUGGCUGUUCCUCCUUCCAACAAUCUGAUGCUAAGGAAUACUGUAACUCUAUGGGGAUGGAAGCAGUGUCUCUGGAUUCUCCUGAGAAGCAGGAUGAAUUCAAUAGAUUGAUCGCUCAAGAUGCCCAACGAUUCUUCUGGACAGGUGGAAUAGUAGAUCACGCCCAGAAAACAGUUUUCUGGAAUAAUCCUUCAGGAACCCCCAUACCCUUCUCACAGAGUGCUCAUUGGUCCAAUACUGGAGGAGCCGGUCUACCCCAGCCUGAUAACAGAGCUGCUGGUGAGGUGCCUUCCACACCUGAGGUUUGUCUGGGUAUCUUGAAUAAUUUCUACGCUGAUGGAAUCAAAUGGCAUGACGUGGCCUGCCAUCAUAAGAAGCCGACCGUUUGUGAGCCCAGGCAGUAGAGAGGUAUUGAAGAUUUGAGAACUUGGACCCAGUAUUAUGAAGCUUAAAACUAUAAUUAUUUAUAAUUAAAAUUUUUUAAUUGAAAUAUAAUUUAUGUUAUUUAA